AUGGUGCUCUUUGUGGCAGAUGUGCUGAAGCAAAUGGGUGUUUACGAUCCAAGGAAGCUGAUUGCACUUGAUAGAGCUGAAGAUGUCUACAAAUGCCUUUUUGUUGAGUCACCUCUGGUCAAGGGUGUCCGCUUCUUUACAUCCACGGUCAAGCUUGGGAAGCAAGGGGUGGAAGACUUUGAUGAGUCAGAGCUCGAAGGGCUCACAAAGCAUGAGACCAGAGAACUUAGGUUCCUCCAAAAAGAGCUCACUCACUGA